UGGGAGCAGGUUUUUCGAGAGGAAAAUUGGCAUUCUAAUUUUAACCAUUAGUUUUAAUCGAACGAUCAGUAAUACAUUCACAUUUUUUUGUCCGGAUGAAACAUGGAAUAUCUAUCUACAUAUUUUUGUGGUCUGUUCUAAACAUCCGAACGACAGCGUUUUGACGAUCUCACUCCCUCCCGCCUCGCCUCCACACCAAGCGCGGUUCAUCCCUCAUUCAUCCAGCAGAAACUCCAAGCCAAACGAGGUUCCAAAUGUCAGACUCGUUAUCGACCAUCUACCACCUUAUCGUUCAAUUAUCGGAGUCACUACGAGAAUCUCUGCUGAAAACCCCGUACACUCCGCCGGAAGGCAGUAACUUUUCCGUCAAAUCUGUUCUCCAACCUCUUCUCCUUCACAAACCCUCACCUCAAAACCCUAACUUCGGCGGCGACGACGACGACGACGACCAAAUUCGUUCCUCAAUCAUAAACUUCUGUCUAGCGUGUGCUUUGAUUUCCUCCUCCCAAUCCUCAACCCACGACCUCCUCUCAUGGAUUCCCAAGCACCUCUCAGCUGCUGCCGACUCGGCUUUUCGUCAGCUCUCUGUAGCAUAUUCCGUUUCUUGCGGUGAAAGAAGCAAGAAGAAGAUUGGCGAAUUGGGAAUCAAUUUCGGUUUGCUGCCCGACGAGAAGAGAUUGGUUGUGGAAUUGGUUCCUGAGGUUCUUCCAUUGUUGAAGGACGCGAUCAAACAGAGUUCGAUUGAUAAAUCAGAUGAGUGCAAUGAGUUCUCUGCCGCUACAGCUAGAAUGCCGGUCGGGUUUGCCAUGGUGGCUGCUAAUCAGUUUAGAUGGUUUGUCACACAGAUAGAUUAUCCACAUUUGGGAAAGUUGUGUCCCUUAGUUAUUCCUUGUGGGCUAACGGCUCUCGACCACUGGUCACCAGAGGUGAAAGGGCAAGGCAUGAUUAGCUUUAUACAUAUAGGAAAAAAUGUGAAUGCUGCUGAGCUUGGUUGGUUUGAAGAUGUUAUUCUUGAUGCAUGCUGCCAAAAUAUUGCUUCUAGUGAUGAAAUAUGGCACUUUGUGGUGGAGAUGUCAGUACUUCUCGUUACUUGUAUCCAGCGAAGUAAUCCUCGUAGCUUAUGGUUUGAAAGGAUUCUAAAUGAGAUGUUGAGUCAUUUGGAGCGCCACCCAAGGAACAAGGAGCGCCGUGUUGCAUGGCUUCUACAUAUCGAGCCACUUUUUAAUAGUUUGGGUCUUGUGUUAUUAGCACAUUUUAGGCGCAUUUUUCCUCUUUUCUUUCAGUGGAUGCAUGCUGAUGAUGAUGAGACUGUUCUACUGGUUCUCAAACGAGUUCAGACAGUUAUGAGGUUAACAUGGAUAAGAAAUACACCGCAUGUUGAGAGGUUGGUGGAUGAACUUGCAGCUUUGUAUAAGGAAGCAGCUUUGAGAAGGUCCCGUGGAGAUAUUCGGAAACUUGUUUCUGAGAUAUUGGUCCAGCUGCGCUGGUGCAAAGGCUUGCAGUUUGAAGCAGCUUAUGACAAGCACAAAGAUGAUCCAAACUUGGCCAAUAUGGUUCUCUUUUUAAAUGAAAGAAACACUGAUACGGUUGUCCAGUGAUCUGUGAUCAUGUGCGAGAGGGAUUGAUAUUCUUUUGUGAAGAAUGAUGGUAUGCAGGGUGUGAAUUAUUGAGCGUAACAUGCUGUAAUUAAGCUGAAACACAUUUCUGUAUAUGUAAAUUGGAAUGGGUUCUCUUUCCAUGUUCACGUGAGGCAGUAAUAUGGAUUUGUUUAUUAAAUUUUUUUCUUGAUCGUAGUUUAUUAGAUUAAGUUUGUAUAUUUACAUCAACUUUGUGAAAGAGGAACUUGACUUGGCUCAGUUAUUGACCUCAUCAACUAUUCAUUUCAUUUCAGGUUUUUGGCUA